AUGGACUCCGCUCCGUCCGACCAUCCUGAAUCCGAUUCCAAUUCAGAUUCUGACUCAUCUAAAUCCGGUUCUUCGAUCAAGGACGAGAGAGGGGUAAUCAGGGCAAGUCAAGGGGAAAUAGAGAGGGAGGAGGAUGAGUUCCGAGUCAAGGGAGGAAGAGGCGGAAGAAGUGGGUGGUGGAAAAAGGUUUUGAGUAUAAGUAGGGGGGAGGGAGGAAACUGGUUCAGGGAGAAUAUGGUUUUACAAGUGGGGGAGGGCGAGUCGACUAGAUUUUGGAAACAACGAUGGGUUGGGGAGAGGAGCUUGGAGGAUAUGUUCCCUAGACUUUUUCAUCUUAACUCCAAUAAAGAAGGAUUUAUUAGUGAAAUGGGAGGGAAGAGAGAUGCUUGGAAGUGGAAGGCGGACGUAUCCGGAGCCUUUUCUGUUAAAACGGCUUACAAAUCUUUGAGCAAUGCAGCAAGGCCGUCUAUUCCCAGUUCAGAUGGUUUCGAUUGGCAUCAGGUAUGGAAAACACCUGCUUCUUUUAAGGCUGUUUUAACAGCUUGGAAAGUUCUUAAGCAAAGGAUGGCGACUUGUGAUAAUCUUCAAAGAAGACAUGUCCCUAUCUCUUAUUCAGAGGCGAUGUGUACCCUGUGUAAAUCGAAUCAAGAAUCGAUUGAACACCUUUUCUUCGAGUGCCAACGGGCGGUGGAAGUUUGGAACGAGAUUUUGGUUUGGAUUGGAAAAGUAGCAGUUAAUCAUCAUUCGGCAAAAGGUCAUUUCUUAGCUUUUACAAAUCUUGGAAGGAAGGAGGAAAUUUCCUUUCUGACUGGUGUUUGGAGUUGUACUAUUUGGUGUAUGUGGAAGCAAAGAAAUGGUUGCAAGUUCAAUCAAGAGCCAUGGAACAAAGAUAAACUGAUUGCAGAAAUCAAGUCUAGACUGUGGAGUUGGAGGAUGGCUUUCGAUCUCAAGUCGGCGGCAACAGGAUUCAGAGGUUGGUUCGCUGCGGCUACAUUGUCUGGAUAG